UCGGCCUGUGGUGGGGCGGGAGCCGCGCUUGAGGCGGGGAAGGGACGCCGUUCGGCAGCCACAGAGAUGUCUAAUGUGAUGGGACACAACAAUAUUUCAGAACUGAAAAGUUUCCCUUGUUCCAUUAAGCUGCAGAACAGUCCUUCAUCGAGUCCAUUUGUGAGUGAAAUGUGUUCCAAGGCUGCUCCAACUCUCUUUGCAGUGAAGCCAAGUCACCAUAGCUCAGAGAUGGUCAGCAGCCAGCCUCUUCCCAUAUCAGACAACAGCAAAAGGAAAAAGAAAAAAAAGUCCAGAGCUACAGACCAUUUUCCUGGAAGGUUUGAAGAUUUGUACAAACUCACUGCAGAGCUGCUUGGCGAGGGAUCCUAUGCCAAGGUACAGGGAGCGGUUAGCUUGCAAAAUGGGAAGGAAUAUGCAGUUAAAAUAAUUGAAAAAAAUGCUGGGCAUAGUCGAAGUCGGGUGUUUCGAGAAGUGGAAACAUUGUAUCAGUGUCAGGGUAACAAGAAUAUUUUGGAGUUAAUAGAAUUUUUUGAAGAUAAUGCAAGAUAUUAUCUUGUCUUUGAAAAACUUCAUGGAGGCUCUAUCCUGGCCCACAUACAAAAGCAGAAGCACUUCAAUGAACGAGAAGCCAGCAGGGUGGUGAAAGACAUUGCCUGCGCACUGGAUUUCCUGCACACAAAAGGUAUUGCUCAUCGAGACUUAAAACCUGAAAACAUAUUGUGUGAAUCUCCAAACAAGGUGUCACCAGUGAAAAUUUGUGACUUCGAUCUUGGAAGUGGAGUAAAGCUUAACAGUGCAUGUACUCCGAUUACUACUCCUGAGUUGACCACUCCAUGUGGCUCUGCAGAGUACAUGGCCCCUGAGGUGGUAGAAGUCUUCACAGAGGAAGCCACGUUCUACGACAAGCGCUGUGACCUGUGGAGCUUGGGCGUGAUUUUGUACAUCAUGCUAAGUGGCUACCCGCCUUUUGUGGGGAACUGUGGCACAGACUGUGGCUGGGAUAGGGGGGAAGUCUGCAAAAGUUGCCAGAACAAACUCUUUGAGAGUAUCCAGGAAGGCAAGUAUGAGUUUCCUGAUAAGGACUGGUCUCACAUCUCCAGUGAUGCCAAAGAUCUUAUCUCAAAGUUGCUCGUCCGCGAUGCCAAAAAGAGGCUUAGUGCCGCUCAGGUUCUACAGCAUCCAUGGGUACAAGGUCAUGCUUCUGAAAGAGGACUGCCUACACCACAGGUUCUUCAGAGGAAUAGCAGCACAAAAGAGCUGACUCUGUUUGCCGCGGAAGCUAUUGCUCUAAAUCGCCAGCUCUCCCAGCACGAGAAUCAUCUCAAUGAAGACCAAGAGACUAUCACUCAGGCCAUGUGCUCUAUGAAGCUGUCUCCCCCCUCCAAAUCCCGCCUUGCCAAACGCAGAGCCAUGGCUCAGGCCACAAAAAGCAGUGACUUCCAGCCCGCUUCACAUGCAACUCUUUGAUGCUCAUUUUCCAUUGUUAGGAUCAGGUCAACUUUGUACACUCAUUUUAAAGGAUGUAUGCAUAUAUUAAUGUUUUAAAUGAAGAACACUUGCGAUGCAAUGGUUUAAAGGAGUUCCCUUGACAAUGCCUUUUUUGGAAGUUGAUGAAUAUGGUGAAUUAUAGGAAGUUCUUAGAUGUUGCUGCUGUGUUACUUAAUGGUGUAAUAAACGACAGGCUAUGUUUGCACACAGUCCUCUCUAACCAGGGGAUAAACCUCCACCACCAGUCUUGUGACUAGUGGAAAUAUGGCUGUGAGUUCUCAGGUUCUUGAAAGAGCUUGCAAUUCCUAGACAACUCCAGGUCUCCACCUGUAAGCCACAGAAUAAGUACGGUUGUCCUUGUUCAGGAAGCUUUGAUCACCAUGUGGAUUUGUUUUUCCACUGGAAUAUGUCAAAAUCCUUCAUCUUUAUCAUGGGUCACCUCCUGUAAUACCCUUUACUCAUCCGGGUCCAUAACUUGGCUGGAUGUGUGUAGAUGUGACUUUGGAAUGCUAGCAGCAUAUCUAUUUCAGUGCUAAGGUGAGUUCAUCUGAAGUGGCUUUCAUUUAGUCCCCCUACCCCACCUCCCGAAAUGUCACAUUUUAAACGUUUUGUUGGCAAAAAGCAAUUUUGCAGUCGGCCCCCAGGAUGCAUUCCUCUCAUUGCCUCCCUUUUUGCUGCAGUUUCCAAGUGAUCUACUUGGGGAAUUCUGCUUUGAAUUGCUUGAAGUGUUUGGCCCAAUUUUAUAUAGAGCAUUUCUCUGAGGAGUGGACCUCACACAAAACUUCAGCAAGAUGAUCAAAACAUGACUUCCCUAUGUUAGUACCACUGGAAAGCUCUUCUCUUUGGGAAGAGUCACAAAAAUGGGAAUGCUUAAAAGCUCUUUUUUGUGCGUAUCCACCCAAAUGUGCAGUGCUGACGUGAAGUGUUGCUUGCAUUCAGAAAGUGGCAGCAGUAAAUAGCAGUUAUAUCGAGCUUCUCUUUGGCAUGCCAUUACAGGAAAGAGCUUCUUGGUGGUGGUUGCAUUCAGUAAUUUGCACUAAUUCCUACUUGGGAAAUGAAAGGUUUCUCCAGUCUCUUGCUUAGAUACUUCCCCCUGAUCUGGUAUGUUAACCCCAUAACAGUUCGUUUAAAAUAAAGAAUGUGCAAAAAAUUUAAGCAUGGCCAUCUUGCAGAUUUGCAGAAUUAUCUUUACCCAAGACACAGCACUGAGUUUGGGAAACCAGCAUAGGUUUAGACCAGCUUUGGAGUGGUUGUCCUUGCUGUUAAAGGCAUGUAUUCCAUAGGAAGGACAUAUCAUUCAAGGCAGAACAAGAGAGCCCACAUCUAUAGCAUUUUUGUAGCCUGAUAUUAAUGCAAGUUCUCAUGCUCAGCUGUAACUGCUUGCCAUGCAGUUCUUUGUCCUUCCCUAUAUUACCACACCCAAGAGAAGGAAACUGGCAUAGUCUUACAUCUCAAGGCUUGUGCAUUUUGGGGUAGGUUAUGGCAGGACAAGUGAGGAAGUAGCAUCAGAUGGCUUAUUAACUGUGACAUAUCAUGUAUGUGAUGUCUCUUGAAGUGUGGGAGCUUGAGAAUCACUCACGGUUGUGCAAUGGUUGUUUUAAAAUCAAACCAAUGAGUUCAUCUCGAGCAUCCUAGGAGGCCUUUCUUUUUUAAAGGUGCUAAAGCUGUUCACCUCAGGAAUUUAAGUCCCUUUUUAGAUGAGUGUUUAAAUUUGAUAAUUUUUGAAGUUGAAGGAGCAAGAUGUCCUAUCACCUAGAAGGUUUUUUAAUGUAGGUUAGUCUGUCUGCUAGAAUAGCCUGAUCUUUUUCCUUUAAAUGCAGCAUGUGUAUUUAUGUAAUUUUAAGAAUUAUUACUGCAUGCUGGUCAUGAAUAUGGCCAUUACACUUAAGGGCUUUUAUAGAUUAUACAACUGGUGACAGUAUUUUUUUAAAAAAUAUAUAUACUGCUGUUUUAAAGGGUGCUUUAAGCUGUUAUAGUUACACUGUACUUGUUAGUUAAUGGUCUUUAAAAGCUUUGGAUAGCUCAGGAGCCAAUGUCCCUGUCCAUGUGACCCAUUUAUUAAUGUUGUGUAUUGAAAAUUAAACUUGGAUCAUUUCUAAA